UAUCCUUCUCGGUCUGUUUAUCUGUUCCAACAAACCAUGACUACAUCCGACAAAAACAUAAUCCGUUCGGAGAAGACCGGUCCGGCGUUCAGGUCGGCAUUCGAGGUUCUCGACGGAGAUGGCGAUGGGAAGAUUAGUGGAGAAGAUUUGAAGGGAUUCUUUGAAGCUGCGUUUUCCUUUCCCAACGCUGCUUUCCACGACGUCGACGACGAAAUGAUCGGAGCGAUGAUUUCGUUGGCGGAUUCCAACAGCGACGGGUUCGUCGAGUACGAUGAGUUCGAGAGAGUUUCGGGGUUGUUGGAGCCAAAACAAACGGCGGCGGGGUUUGAGGUGAUGGGGGAUGCUUUUAAGGUUAUGGACAAAGAUGGAGAUGGGAGAUUGAGCUAUGAGGAUUUGAAAGAUUAUAUGGAAUGGGCUGACUUAUCUGUUGAAGACGAAGAUAUCAAGGCUAUGAUCAGAUUUGGUGGCGAUGAAAAUGAUGGUGUUUCUUUCGAUGGUUUGCUUAAGAUUUUGGGUGUUGAUUUUGGUGCAUAUAAUUAGAAAUUAGUUGUUCAAAUUGUGGGAUUUGUCCUCAUAUUUCUUUUAUAUUUUACUUAUCCUUAUUGUUGUAUU